GUACCCUCCUCCACCUUCCUCGAACCUUUCUUGCCUCUUUGCCUCAAGUUUCUUGCCUCCCGCCUUCCUUUCUCCUCCCUACCUGCGGUGCGAUAAGCGUCUUUACUUCCGGGCGAAAAGUGAAUUCCUAUGUGACGAGUUCUCUCUCGGAGGGCGAGAGCGGUUUACCAGUUUGACACACCGUGGGAUGUCGUCGUGAAGUGUGUGCGCGUGCAGAUCUGCUAACGCUACGCGCGUGCGAGGACAGGUGCUCCGGAAAUGCGCGCCACGUGCUGUCGUGACGUCCUCACCGCCAGCGGCAUGGAAUAAAGGGGAGCAUCGGCAGACAUCAAGGAGAUCGCGUUUCGUUAGCAAGAAACACGUUCGAUUCAGUGCCAAUCAUGCGGUGUCUAUUCAUGCUCCAGAUUCUAAUCGCCGUGGUGCAGCCCAACCUCGAAGCCGGGCAACGGCUGUCUAACGUUAGAGGGGUGUACACCCUACCGGAACACUUACACGAUCAUGAGAUCGUAAUACCGCGAAAGGUAAAUCACCAGGGUGAUCUCGUCUCGGAAAAUGUCACGCAUCAUCAUCACGAAGACGGGCCGGUCGUUCAUUACCGAGUGGCAGUGGCCGGUAACGAGUACCACCUCGAGCUGACGGCGGUCGACAACUUCAUCGGCCGCGCGAUGGUCGUGGAAAGACGGAAGCGGGACCUGCACGUCCGCAGCCCGGCGAAAAGUCAUGGCAACAAAUGUCAUUAUCGAGGAUUCAUUAAGGGCCAUCGGAAUUCCCGUGUCGCCCUGUCCGCCUGCGACGGUCUGGCAGGUAUGCUGCGCGGCGAUCACGGCGAGUUCUGGCUGGAACCAGUCGCCGUAUCCCUGGAAGAGAAACGCGGCACGUCGCCGGCCGACGGAGCGACGAGUGGCGGCUUAGGCGCCGGUGCCCGCAGCACGUCGGUCCACGAGGGCCCGACGGCCGGCCGGCCUCAUCUCGUCUACCGGCGCUCGGCCGAGCAGCAGCAACGGCAGCUCGAGAUCGGCGCCGGCGGCCGUAGCAAGCGACGGCGCAAAAAGAAGAGGAAGCAGGAGAGAAACUGCGGCACCCGCGAACCGCGUCGAUUGACAGAGACGCGGCUCGAAUGGCAAACUCAACCAGGCCUCGUCCAAGUUCAAGGCCGUGGGCGAAGGAAACAUCAUCAGGCGAAACGAUGGCAUCGUUCCAAGAGAUCGAUCAGCACGCCGCGCCAUGUCGAGGCUCUUGUCGUCGCUGACACAACGAUGAUGGCUUUUCACCAGGACGGCGACGUGGAGACCUAUCUCCUGACCAUCAUGAACAUGGUGUCCGCGCUCUACCUCGACCCAACCAUCGGCAAUUUCAUCAACAUUGUCGUGGUCAGAAUUAUUCUCGUCGAGGAGGAGGACGCGGAGCAAGGACUGGACAUCGCGGUGAACGCCGAUAAGACCCUAUACAAUUUCUGCAAAUGGCAGCAGAAGCUAAAUCCCAGCGACGACUCGCACCCGAAUCACCAUGACGUGGCGAUUCUCGUGACGAGAGAGGACAUUUGUUCGCGUGCGAAUACUCCUUGCAGUACACUGGGAGUGGCGCACGUCGCCGGCAUGUGUCAACCGGACCGCAGCUGCAGUGUCAACGAGGACAAUGGGAUCACGUUGGCGCACACGAUCACGCACGAAUUGGGACACAAUUUCGGAAUGUACCACGACACGGAGAAAAUCGGCUGCAGUAAACGCGAAGGCGACACCCUGCACGUGAUGACGCCAACCUUUGAGGUAGACGCUAUUGGAGUGGCGUGGUCUCGAUGCUCCAGGAGAGACAUCACGAAUUUUUUAGACCAGGGAAAAGGCGAUUGUUUGGAAGACGAGCCGGCGGGUAACGAUUACGCGUAUCCGGAUUUGCCACCCGGCGCAAUGUAUAACGCUGAACACCAAUGCAGGCUGCAGUUUGGCGUAAGGGAAGCUUUUGUCUGCUCCCCUUUGCAAGAGAUCUGCUCGAAACUAUGGUGCAUCGUGGACGGCACCUGCACUACCAUGCUGCAUCCGGCAGCUCCAGGAACGCAUUGUGGGAAACACAUGUGGUGUCAAAAUCAGGAAUGCGUACCCAUCGUCGAUCGACCGCGGCAAAUCGACGGCGGUUGGGGCGAGUGGGGCUCGUGGAGCGAGUGCUCGAGAACUUGCGGCGCCGGGGUCUCGAUUGUCGAGAGGAAGUGCGACCAUCCGGAGCCCGCACACGGCGGAAAGUUCUGCAUAGGCGAGAGGCGCCGCUACAAAAUCUGUAACACGCAACCCUGUCCGGAAGGCAUACCGAGUUUCCGCGCCGAGCAAUGCAGCAACUACGACGGCAAAGAGUACAAGGGAAAGAACUAUACCUGGCUGCCGUACUUCGACCAAACGGAACCUUGCGAGCUUUAUUGCACCGAUACAGAUGAAAGCGUAAUCGUACCUUGGGGAGAGGCUGCUCUUGACGGUACUCCAUGCAACGUUGGUACCAGGGACAUGUGCAUCGCCGGUAUAUGCAGGAAAGUCGGUUGCGAUUGGAUGGUGGAUUCCGAUGCUACGGAAGAUCGUUGCGGUAUUUGUCACGGUGAUGGUACUCAGUGCGAAACUACCAGCGGCGUUUACGACAAAAACGACGGUCCCGGAUACAAGGAAGUUGUUAUCAUACCGUCCGGCUCUCGAAACAUAAAAAUCGAGGAGGUCGGGAAUAGCAAGAAUUACAUCGGCAUCGGCGUGCCGAAUUCUGACAAGUAUUUCCUCAAUGGAAAACGGCAGAUCACUUUAGCGGGCGAAUACGAAGUCGCCGGGACACCAGCUUUGUACGAACGUGAACGGGACAGAGAGAAGAUCAGGAUCCCAGGUCCUAUUAAAGAAGAUAUCGCGGUCUAUUUAAUUUACAGAGGUCAAUAUCGUAACUUCGGACUACGUUAUGAAUAUACCGUGCCGAAAAAAGAGCCCGAUCGGGCUCCGGAGUACUCGUGGGUAUCCUCCGAUUGGACCCUCUGCACAGUCACCUGCGGUGGCGGUACUCAGGCUUCGCACGCGGUCUGUCACGAAAGAAAAAGCGGCAUCGUCGAGGACCACUUCUGCGACGGCAUAGAAAAGCCGGAGCCGAAGUCGCGCGAAUGCAAUUCGAAUCCAUGCCCUGCGAGGUGGUGGGUUGGUCCGUGGCAAAUGUGCCCUGUUACGUGUGGCGAUGGUGCGCUACGCAAGAGAUCGGUGAUGUGUGUGUUCUCUGGCGUGGGUACCGAUCGAUCAGAUUUGGCCCUGCCCGAUCGCGACUGCGACAAGCACACGCGGCCAGAAGAAAUGGAACCGUGCCCUGAUCUACCGCCGUGCGGCCCCACUUCGGAGGUACCGUUGAUCGUGUACACCGACAACAAGGACACGUCGUUCUACAACAUCAGCCUGAACGAGCAGGACGGUAUUACGAUAGUCGACGGCCUUACCACCGAGGAACCGGAGAUCCUCGAAUUCGACAAUGUCGUCGACGAGAACCCGGACAAUUCCAUGUACAAUACCAAGUCAAAGUGGACAGUAUCGAAAUGGAGUCAUUGUUCGAACGGUAAGAGGAGUAGAAAGGUCACCUGCUCCGUCCCGGGCGAUUGUAAUCCGAAUAACAAGCCGCCCAGUGUCGAGGACUGCUACAGCGGAAAAUGGAUUACCGGAAAUUGGGGAAGUUGCAACGCAACUUGUCUCGUGAAGUCCGGAGUUAAACAUAGAGAAGUACAGUGUCGCGAUCGCGUGACGGACUUGUUAUCAAAUGAUUGCAAUCUCGACAGACGACCAUUUGAUACAAAGCGUUGUUAUUACCGACGGCAGUGCGCCAGCGAGAAAAAUGAUUGCAAGGAUAGCAUGGUUCCAUCGUGUGCAAACUACAGACGUAUGUGUGAUGUAUCGUCGAUCGUACGAGAAAAGUGUUGCGCCACGUGCACAAAACGACGGCGACACGUCCGUCACAACAGACGACACAUCUUUGCCGAUUAACAAAAUAAAGGGCUGAAAAGUUAAGAGUGCAAAAGUGUUUUGAAAAUAAAUCCUUGCAACGGACAACACAUCCGUCCUGUUUUAUCCAUAUUAUCCGAAUUAAGAUAAAAGCGUGGUGGAAAAUUUCACGUUUAUUUCACAUGUGACAACGAAAAGAUGGAAAAAUAUAUGACAGAGGUGAUAUUACGAGAUUAUAUUUGUAACUUUCUACUACCGCGUUUAUAUAUAUGUAUAUUUUGUAUCAA